AAGAAAUAGUUUUCGUCCCACAUUCUAUUUUUAAUGCAAAGUAUAAAUACAAGCAAUUAAGAAAGUGUGGCGUAAGCAUUUAAAGAGUUAGUUUUCUGCUCACUUCACAGUUGACACUACCCAAAUGCACCCACCUACUCUUUUAUUUUUCUUUCUCUCUCUAAAAACAUCCAUAAUUGUCCGCCGUUGAUCCACCGCCGCCGCAAUCAUUGCUCCUUCGCCGGAAGGGCCCGCGCCACCACCUCACGCACUCACGACCGCCGUCUCUUCCCCUUCUACAUCUCAAUCGAAAUGCAUUUCUCUUUUCUCUCUCUAGAAUACUAAUCCCCUACGCGACAAUGCAUUUCACAAACCUCACUCAGAAAGCCCUAAUCUGGUUCCCGCAAUGCUCGCACUGAAAUUCCGCUUCUGUACUAGACUGUAGGAAACCCUAACUCCGUUAGUAAUGUCCGGACCUCCGUUGGUGAAAUCGAUGAAUUUCGCCGAACCUGAGGCUCGACCGGUGCUUGGACCGGCAGGGAAUAAAGCCAGAUCCGUCGAAUUGCGGAAGCCGAUUCUCAAGCAGAAGAGUGAAAAGACGCAAAAGCCGCUGGAUGCCGAUGAGGCCAAGGGGAAUACGGCUCCUUCUCCGGCGGCAUUUCUGUCACCGGAAAUGAAAACGGAGAAAAUCCCGUCGCCGGUGGGUUUUAAGAAGAACGCUAGCAGUGCUGCGUCUAUUCUGAGACAGCGUCAGCCGAAUUUGUCGAUGAAUGCUUCCUGUUCUUCAGAUGCUUCGACGGACUCCUCGCAUAGCAGGGCGUCGACGGGGAGACUUUUACGGCGGAGUGCGACUUUCACGCCGCCUCUAAGGAGGAAGCAUCAAUGCAGCCCGAAGGGCGAGAGAAUCGAGAUGAUCGAGGGGAAUGGGAAAAAUGUUGGAAGUGAGAGUGAUGGUGUAGUGUUGGAUGGUUCUUUGGUUAAGAAAAGGUGUGCUUGGGUGACUUCAAAUACUGAUCCAUUAUAUGCUGCAUUCCAUGAUGAAGAAUGGGGACUUCCUGUGCAUGACGACAAAAAACUUUUCGAACUUCUUAGCCUUUCUACUGCAUUGGCCGAACUAUCAUGGCCUGUUAUUCUUAGCAAGAGGUCUAUAUUCAGAGAUGUAUUCCUGGACUUCGAUCCAGCCGCUGUGUCAAAAUUAAAUGACAAGAAAAUUGCAACGCCAGGAAGUCCUGCCAGCUCUCUUCUGUCUGAACAAAAGCUGCGAGCAAUUGUUGAAAAUGCACGUCAAAUUUGUAAGAUAAUAGACGAGCUUGGGUCUUUCGACAAAUAUAUUUGGGGUUUCGUCAACUACAAGCCCAUUGCUGGUAAUUUCCGCUAUUCUCGGCAAGUCCCAAUCAAGACAUCAAAAGCAGACACCAUAAGCAAAGACCUUGUUAGAAGAGGAUUCCGAGGAGUGGGGCCCACGGUUGUCUACUCGUUCAUGCAAGUAGCUGGAAUAACAAACGAUCACCUCAUCAAUUGUUUCAGAUAUCAGGAUUGCAUAAUCGCUGGCGAUCUAAUUCUAAGGGAUAAUAAUAAUAAUAAUUGGAGCAUUGCAUCCAAGAAUGAAGUAAACUUGGCUGAAGAUUUCUCGGAAUUGGACUUAGCCACAGAAAUCGACGAUUUAAAUUUGUCAAGGUAGUAAUUUGUGGGCAUUAUUAACUUUUGACGAUCUGUGUAAUCGUAUUACGUGACGGGCUUAACUCUUAAUGCUGGCUGAAGUUCUAUGUACAAAUCGUUAUAAUUAUGUUUUGUUCGUUUUUUCGUGUAGAUUGUUUUAUAACAGCUUUAGAGGUGUAGAGUGUAGAGAAUGAUGAUAUGCAAAAAGGAUUAAAUCA